AUGUGUUCUUCAGAAGCUAGGGCGUACCCCAGAAGCGACGCGCAUUGUCCUCGCCCGGGCAAUGUGGCAAAUAUGCGAGAGCUACCGGCUAGAGGACGAAGCCGGCCAAAGAAGUUAGUCCGCCAUCGCCAGCAACAUCCAGUGCGCUUGGCAACACUUAACGUUGGGACGCUUACUGGAAGAAGUCGUGAACUGGCAGACAGUCUCAGAAAACGCCGUGUUGACAUAUGUUGUGUACAGGAGACUCGCUGGAAAGGCUCCAAGGCAAGGGAAUUAGGCGAUGGCUACAAGCUGAUCUACCACGGCACAUCAAAUCGCAAUGGCGUUGGUAUCAUAUUGAACGAGUCGUUUAGAAAUAGCGUCACAGCGGUGGAUCGACUAUCGGAUCGCUUGAUGGCUGUAAAAGUAGAUACAGGAAAAGUGGAAUUGCGAGUCGUCUCUGCUUAUGCGCCACAGGCGGGCUGUAGUAAUAAGAGAAGGCAAGCUUUUGGGAGGAUCUGGAGCAGAGCUCGUAACGACGACGGGUUGCGAAUCCUGGAGUAUGCUGUUGCAAGUGACUUGAUCAUUGCUAACACGCAGUAUCGGAAAAGAAAAUCGCAUUUGAUCACGUACACCAGCGGCGGUCGUGAAACACAAAUAGAUUUCUGGAUGUUACGCCGACGAGAUCGCCGACUUCUGCAGGAUUCAAAAGUCAUCCCUACAGACCAUGUCGCUGCCCAACACCAUCUGCUCGUUAUGGACUUGAAAAUCUUCCGUCUAAGGAAGAGACAUGCAAAGAUUGAAACACAGCGCAUCAAAUGGUGGAAUCUGAUGGAUCGAAAGGAGGCGGCAAUUCGUGAAAAGAAGUCCAAGUACAAGCCCUGGUGGAGGACGCGUCAGCCUGAAGAUCGGGGUGCUUACCUAGCGGCGAAGAGGGGGGCUAAGAAAGCAGUCUCCAAGGCGAAGUCGGACCGCUACAAGGCUGUGUACGACAUGCUUGAUACCAGAGAAGGCGAGCGGGCAGUGUAUCGUUUAGUCAGAGCGCGUCAUCGCUCAACGUUGGAUAUGGAGCACACCAAGAUCGUUAAGGGAGCUGGUGGAGCCGUUCUGCGCCGCUCUGGUCAGAUCCUGGAGAGGUGGCGAGAGUACUACAAUCACUUGUGUAACGAAGAGUUCUGUCAUCCUCCCAUCCCAACCGUUCCCAGCGUCGAGGGUCCUGUUCUACCAAUUACUGCCGUCGAAGUCAGUGUUGUCCUCGCAAAAAUGAAGUCGAACAACGCAACCGGUCCUGAUGACAUACCUGCUGAUGUCUGGAAGCUACUAGGAGAUCGAGGGUCCAUGUGGCUCGCAACUCUAUUUAACAAGAUCGUUGUAGAAGGACAGACUCCAGACGUUUGGCAAACUUCCGUGACCGUGCCUGUCUGGAAAGGGAAAGGAAACAUUGCUGACUGCACCUCGUACAGGCCUAUACGACUGCUCUGCCAUACGAUGAAGGUUUUUGAGCGUAUCCUGGAAGCUCGUCUGAGGAAAAUUGUUAGCGUUUCACUCAACCAGUGCGGCUUUGUGAAGGACUGCAGCACUAUAGAUGCUAUCCAUGCUGUCCGAAUCCUCCUGGAAAAACAUCGAGAGAAGAACCGCAGUGUGCAUCUUGCUUCUCUCGAUCUCGAGAAAGCUUUCGACCGUGUCCCACAUGAGCUGUUAUGGAUGUCCAUGAGGUCGCAUAGAGUACCAGAAAAAUAUGUGCGGUGGACUAAGCUACUUUAUGCGAAGCCUACCAGCGUUGUACGAUGUGCUGCUGGAACAAGCAGGCCAUUCCCUGUACAAGUAGGGGUUCAUCAGGGUUCAUCCCUCUCACCUCUGCUGUUCAUACAGUGCAUGGACACGACAACGAAGGAAAUCCAGAAACAGCAUCCGUGGACUCCACUCUGCCGACGAUGUCAUGCUCGCGGCGGAGUCUCGAGAUGA